AUGAAAUGGAAAACAAUUUGUGCAAGGACUGAAGGCUUUGAGAAAAGGGUGCCGAGAGAAUUGUCCUCGCCUAAGUUCACUAUCGAGCACACAUUACAGACCUUUGUAGACGCCUCAUCCCACUCCAUUGCAGCUUGUGUAUAUCUCAGAUCACGCACUUCCGAGGGACGAUUUUAUUCAAACCUGAUAAUAGCUCGACAUAGGCUCACACCAGCAAAACAGUUGAAUUCCAAUCCUGAGAUCACGAUCCCCAAACUCGAACUUGUCGCUCUGCAAAUAGGUAUGCAACUAACAAAAUUCAUAUGCGACGAAAUAGAUUUGGCAAUUUCGCGAGUCAUUGUACAUUCAGAUUCCCAAAUAGCUCUUGGCUGGGUUCAUUCCGAGAAAUCGAAAGGUGUAUUCAUUCAGAAUAGAACAUUGAAAUCGGUGACAUACCGUCCGACAGAACGAAUUCACGCAGAGCACCGUCACGGUGAUACUUCAGAAUGCUCGAACGGGGCUCUCAUUUGCUCGACACUCCAAACAAGCACUAUAGAAUACUCGAUAGAAUGGCCUUACGAAAGGCUAUCAUCACUACGUAAAGCUCUCCGAUCUAUGGCCCUCGUGCUCAAGUUCGUCAAACUAAAGCUAGUGAACUGCCUUCCAAAGGCAAGACAAGACGAAGUCCUAAAUUCGAUACCUGAGCUCCAACACAUUUCAACAUUCAAACCUUUAACUACUAUCCAGGCUCAAGACACUGGAGCAGCUGAAAGCGUAUGCAUAAAGCAAGCACAGCGCACGAUCAACUCUUCGAAACUCCAACAUCUCAACAUUUCGAAAGAUUCCAACGGAUUAAUGCGCUGUUAUGGAAGGCUCACACAUUCAUCGUUACCUUUACACACCAUCAAUCCUAUACUAUUGCCUCCCACUCACAAAUACACAACCUUACUUAUACGCGACACUCACGAAAGAUUAGGUCAUCAAGGGGUAAACUCGACCCUAGCCAAUCUGCGACUUAGGUUCUGGAUACCUAAAGGCAGGCAGGUAGUCCGCAAAACGCUGAGGCUAUGUUCCUCAUGCAAAAGGUGGAAUUCGAGAGCAUACCACUACCCAGACUCCCCUGCGCUCCCUCGCUCUCGAGCCACCCCAUCGCGAGUAUUCGAGAGCGUAGGAGUGGACCUGGCAGGUCCUUUCCUCAUCAUCGAAAACGAGUGUUCGCAAAAGCGAUGGGUGUGUCUCUUUACCUGUAUGAGCACAAGAGCCGUACACCUGGAAGUGUUGCAAGGGUUGAGCGGCGAGUGUUUUAUAAAUUGCAUGAGACGAUUCGCAGCGAGGCGUGGAAGACCACGAACGGUCAUAUCCGAUAACGCGACCAACUUCAAAAUGGGGCAUCAAAUGAUCAUCCAGAACGAGAAAGACGAAUGA